AUGGAUGCAGCAUUGCAAUACCCUGUAACAAAAUAUAGUAUAUCCUUACAAGCAAAACCUUCUUUUGCAUGGAAACAUUUUGGAUCCUUAAUAUUAAAAACUGACACAAAUAAUAAGAGAACCAGUGUUGCUACAGAUAAAGUCUUUUGUAAUAUAUGCUUGCAAAUAGCACUUGAUAAAGAUGGUGAGGAUGAAAAUAAUUCUUCAUUUUUAGAAAAUAUGGCAAUAUUUCAGAUGCCAAAGUUACCUGACAGAACUACACUUAGCCGGAGUGGAUUAGAUGAUGUUUAUUUAUCAAUGAUAUGCCAACAAAUUAAUGUAGGUCCUAAAUUUUGUGCUAUAACUUUUGAUAUGUGGACAGACAAAUAUAGACGGCGAAAUUAUAUCACCUUUACUUUUCACGAAAUAGAUAAUAAUUUUAAUAUUGUAUUUUAUACAUUGGCGACACAUCAUGUCACCCAAAAACAUACCGCUGAAACUAUUCUUUCCGAAAUAGAAAAAGUUGAAAAUGAAUUUGAUUUAGGGUCCAAGAAAAUUCAAAUGGUUACGGAUGCAGGACCCAGUGUAAAGAAAAGUGUUCGUCUAGGAGAAUAUGACCAUCAUUUAUGUUUGGGGCAUGGAUUACAUAAUCUAGUGACAGUCGAUGGAAUAAAAAAAGUUAAUAAAAUUGAAAAUCUCAUUAAAAAAGUUAGAGAAGUUAUAGUUGCCUUAAGAUUCAAAACAGCGGAUUUUGAAAAUAUAAACGAUAUAGAAAAUAGAAAAUGUUUUGAAUCGAUAUCAUAUACAUCGGAUAUUUUAGAUUUGGAUGAUAAUGAUCUUUUUUAUGAAGAUCGUUUGGGGUAUGAUGAUGAUAGUGAAAAUCAAAAAUCAUAUGAGAAAAAACAUAAAACCUUAAAAUUAAAUGUGCCUACACGUUGGCAUAGUAUUUUAAUAAUACUGGAAAGUGUGACUGGCAAUAACAAAAAUCCUAUAAAUAUUCUAUUAAAUAGAAUGGAGAAACCGGAUCUCAAAUUAUUUAACUCCGAUUGGGACUUGGUGUAUGAACUUUUAAAUUUUCUUAAAACCUUCAAACAAACUGUUGAAUUUUUAUCUGUCCAAAAAGGAGUUACUACAAAUUUAGCCUUAUUAUUUCGUAGUGAAAUUAAAAAUCAUUUAAUUGUGUUAGGAGCACUUUUGGAUUCUCGUUUUCAAUCAAUAAACAUAGUAAAUGAAUAUUUAAAGGAAAAAAAUAUUACUCCGGUUAAAUUUUUAUGUCAACACGCUACCUCUCUACGGUCUUACACGGACGAAUUAAACAAAUGUAAAACGACGGAAGUUGCUUCAAAACUCGAUUAUCUUAAGUCAUUGGCUACGAAGCAUUCAUCUAUUCAAAACAAUAACCUGGAACAACAACACUAUUUAACUAGUUUAGAAAAAGAGUGUUAUUCAUUAUUUUCGCCUUAUAAUUUGGAGAUAAAAGAUGUCUUAAAUUUUUGGAAGAUAAGAGCAUUGGAUCUUCCUAAACUUUCAAUAUUAGCUAGAAAGGUCCUGUGCGUUCCAGCUACAAGCACACCCAGCGAGCGUAUUAAAAAUAUGUAA